AGUGCGCCGCCGUUGCCGGAUGACUGUCGAGCGUGUCCCCCGUGUUUCCCACAGGACGAUUGCCGCCGAUAACGCCGGGAAUCGAUGACGACAAUUAAUAUUGCGCAAAACUAACGUACGCAUAACAAUAAUAAUUAAAAAUUUUUUUUUAAAAAAACCGUUUAAAUAUCGCGGUCUGUUCUAUAUGGCGUCCCGCCGGUGGCAAACGACCUGCCGGUGUGUGGUCACGGUGUCGGCGAUCCUAGUGUCCGCAGCCGUGGGAAUAGCCGGCAAAGGAGUGUUGAAACUGUUAAAAUUAGACGUACCCCGUUGGGUGGACCUCAGAAGUUCAGCUACACUCAACUGCCAUUUCGACACCGGCGGCGACAGCUUGUAUUCCGUCAAAUGGUACAAAGAUGAACACGAGUUCUUCCGGUAUACACCCGAGCUAAACCCGAAGACGUUGGUUUUCGGUUUGGACGGCAUUCACGUGGACGAAGAAAAAUCAUCGGCCAACACGGUCGUCUUGUAUCCUUUGACGAGGAACAGCAAUGGCAACUACAAGUGCGAAGUAUCCACGGACGCUCCGAAUUUCCCCACGGUAGUCGAAGAAUCAAAUUUGACGGUCAUAGCGUUACCAGAAGACGGGCCCAGACUAGAUGGCGUCCGGGACUAUUACAAUAUAGGUGAAUAUUUAGAAGCCAACUGCAGUGCCAUAAUGACAUAUCCUGCUGCCACCGUGACUUGGUUCGUCAACGGAAUAGAGGUGGACAGCUUAUUGCGCCAAAAUUACUUACCAGAAAAGUCUGAAGGACCAUUCUUUAAUACUACUGUGGCUCUGCGGUAUCCAUUGAAAAAGGAAUGGGUGGACAUGAAUAAAAUGUCUGUUGACGUCAAAUGCACAGUCAAAGUGGCUGACGCUGACGUUAUGGUUGAAGAGAAAAAAGUCAAGUUACGUUCAGUAGCAGACCAUACUUUAUCACAAGAAAGACAUAUUUAUAAUUCUGGUGCUGUAAUUACAAACUACUGGAUGAUAGUAUUCACAGCGUUCAUUUCACAUUGCUUCAAGGCAUAUAACUAACGUGAUCAUAUUAAUGAGAACAUUUUACAGCCUAAUGAAAACGAAAUUUAAUAAAUAAUUGAUGGUGGUGUGCAAUGAAAAUGUAAAACUUUUAACUUGUUUUUUAAAUAUUAUUAUUAUUGUUUCCACGCCUUUAAAGAGUAGGCACGCUGCAUAAUAAUAUCGACGGUCUGAACUUUUUUUUGUUUAUAAAAAUGGUUUCUCCUAUGUAAAACAACUUACCCGUAAAUCUGGUAAGCACCCGAGCGGUAUCAAUUAGAGGUUCGUCUGGAUUUUAAACUUUUGGAAAUUUUAUUAAUAAAAGUUCAGAUCUCUGGUUAUAAAAAAAAACACGUGCAUGGCUUUUAAAUGUCUCUAAGAAUCAUUACUCGUGUAUUAUUUAUCUUUACAUAAAAAGCCUAUAAUUAUUAAAUCCACAUUUACCCAUUAUCUUUAUGUAAUUAUAAAAUGUUUUUAUUUUAUUUUAAUUACAUGCAUAUUAUGAUCGUAACGUUUAAUCUAUAGUUUUCUUAUUACAUUAAAAAAUGUUUACACACCACAGUUUUAUUUCAAUAAAACAAAUGUUUAAAAAUAUUUAAUUUAUUUACAUCAAUGAAGUGCUUAGGUAAUAUUAUAUUUGUUUUCAUGCAGAAUAGUAGUGUAAAUAAUAAUUGAUAUUAAUCCAAAAUAAUGUAAUAAGUGUAUAUUAUAGUAGUUACAAAAUGUAUUGUUAUAUUUUUAUUGACCGUGUAAAAUGUUUGUAAAGAAUCUAAAUUACCCUACUUUUUUUCUUUCCUAUUGAACGUUUCGCUAUUAACUAAUUUAUUAUUAUACAUUUUAUAAUGACUUCUGAUGUCCUUGUAAAGGAACAUUUUUUUUGCUGUUAUUCAUAUUAUACAUUUUUUUUUUUUUUUAUAACUUUUUACGGACUCUCUUGAUGAUGAAACUAUAGUAUUGUUGAUGGCUUCAUUUUUUAAUACAAACUUGAAAAAUGUACAUAAUAAUUUGUGGUGACAUUUUAAACAAGUCUACUCCAAACGUAUCAGAGUUAAAUAAAAUGAUUUAACGUAUCUCGUUCGAGUGUUAGGAUGCAUCAAGUGAACUUGUAAAGAUAUUGAAGGUACGAGACGUCCGAACUGAUCCUUUUUGAUAUUCUGACGUGGCUAACAACUGAUUAGGAUCCACCGUAUACACAACCUUGACCAAGGCGAUAUGGGAUAGAAGUUAGAUCCAGUGAGGAAACAAUUCCAACGGAUGUCGGCUUAUGGAUAAAACAGUAGGCCAAUGGCCUUAACGCUGUCUUGGCAAAGGGGGGUUUAAACUUUUGGCUCCGCAUCGUUAAUAUUUGGGCGUGGUUUUGAGCUUCAUAAGGGCUUGACAGAUUAUCGUCAUUUUUGUAGAAGGUCCGGUUAAGCGUACCCUAGUUUAGUGCCAAAAUCAACGAACCAUUUCUUUAGCACUUUUCGACGUUUAAAAAUAAUCCAUAUUACUCAAUACAUAUACUAAGGAAUGUGUGUUACCGUCUUAGGCUGCUGAUUUUUGCGCCGUUUCUUCGUCCAAGCGCAGCAAGGUUCGAAAAAUAUUAAUAGUAAUUUAACCAUAAAUCAGACGAUUAAAAUUAAUAUCAGCUGUUAGUUUACUAACGUAUACCCAGGUAGAUAGAUGGAUUGAUAAAAUAAAAUGUUUGCAUUUGAAAAACCUAUGCAGAAACGCAUAUUGUAGUCAUCUCUUUAGCAUGUCACGUACGAUUUGGACGUUCCCGACUGGGGUCAGGCCAAUAAAACCCUAAACCGUAUUAAACGCCGCAAGGAAGACGAGGGUUUUAUCCCGAUAAGAUGCCACCGAACCGAGUAAGUAGAGGAAUAUUUAGGUCAAUAAUAAUUAUUAUACUAGCUGGUUUUUGUGUAUCCGUGGCGGACACCGCAUUUGGAUAACAAUUCUGCAGGGCAUAAUCCAUAACUAACUCUUAAUGUCCCGAAUGUAAGUGAAUUAUAAACAAAAACCGAAUUGGACUGGGUUGAAAUGUGCAAUGACCAAGUCAAAUAGUGUCGAUGAUUAAAUUUCAUAACAAACAAUUACAUUUUUAAUUUACGAGAACAAGUUUAAUAAGUCACCAAUACAAAUAUAUUUGCUUCGAUGUUAAUCUAAAACGGAACGAUAACAAUAUAGAUGAUCUAAUAUGAAACUCGUGCCAAACACUACAGUCUAGUUAUUAUGAAGUGAAUGUUUUGAAAAAUGUCAGUUAUCUAAGCAUAGUUGUGUGUACAUUAUGUCGAUCCAGAAUAAACCGCGAUCUACAACUUUGUGUUAUAUAUAUUUUAAUUUUUAACCCAACAUAUUAUAAUAUAACACAAGUUUUCUUUUUCUUUUACUCUAACUGUAUAAUAUACAAUUCUUUAAACGAUUUAAACAAUGUUUUUAACAUUGUACAUAUUUAAUUGACAUUCCAUUUGUUAUACAGCACAAACCAUUAUUUGAUUUCAGUACUUCAAAAAUAAAUA